CUUCUUUUAUUUAAUCGAAUAAAAUUGUGAAGCAACACGUUCAUAUUCAGUGGACCAGUGAAAAAGGCAUCAUGAGCGGAACUUCCAGAAAGCAAGAAAAUUGUGAUGUUCAAAAUUUUUUUGGAAUGAAGAAAGUCACGGAUUGGGAAAUAUACGGUGUCAAACGUUUUCCGUACCGUGGUCAGCGUAACUAUACGCCAUGUCUUUACCAAUCUUUUGAUGGAGGGAUGGUUAUCUCUAAUGACGUUUUCGGACUGACAAUCAGACAAUUUGAACGAAUAUACAAAGCUUGUUUAGAUAGAAGGAAAAAACACAAACAGUGGAUACUAAACCUUAGAUAUCCUGACAAGUCUUCAAAUGAAUAUCUGGAGUACUUACAGGACGGCACAGAAUGCGACAAAGAUCACUUGGUUUGGCUUGAAAAUGUCCCCAGGGAGAAAUACUUGUACGAACACCUAGUAAAAGUCGUUGGUAAUGAAAUAGAUAUACGAAAUAGACAGCGUUUGUUUAUUAUCCAAGAUAUGAUUUGCUCGGACAACUAUCAUACACAAAUAUCAAGUGGCAGUUUAGCAGAAGGAAUGGAUUUAUAUGGUAGUGAUAUAGAUAUAAUGUGGGUAAUCAGGGACUUGGACGUAGUGCUGAAUGACAGGAAUAUAAAACACCGCAUACAAAGAACAAUUGUAAUGGAGACAGAUAUUGAUCAUCCUGGCUUUACUUACAUCAGAUUGGUACAAAAUACGGAUGGGGAAAUAUUCCGUGGACAAUGUCCCAACUGUCCCCCAGGUACAUGUGACGAUAACUGGUAUCUAUCAGUAAACAGCUUUCUUGCUAAUAUUAUGAAAUGUUAUAGACAUUUGCCGAUAGUUUUACAUGGUCCAUGUCUUUCAGAUCGAGAAAAUACCGCUGAUUAUGCUUACUGUCUAAGGAGUAAGUCUCUACCUCACAACGCAAUUCCAUGGGCAUUCCGUCAUCGACGGCAAUGGCCGCCUAAUAAACUAAUUGACAGGAUCAUAAAUUACGGAUGUUUGUUAGUACCUAUAGGACCUAAAACUAUAACGGAUAAUGACUUAUUAUGGAGAAUAUCUUUCUCUAUGGCAGAAAAAAUACUUGUACAUUCUUUUAAUUUCACUCAAUUCUUAAGUUACGGUCUACUCAAAUUAACAUUAAAGCGUAUCAUUAACACAAACAUCGAUGUAAACGAAUUACUGUGUUCUUAUUUUCUAAAGACAGUUUUAUUCUGGGUCUCAGAGGAAGUUGGUUGCGACACAUUUCAAUUACCUAAUUUGUAUUAUUGUUUUUCUCUCUGUCUUGAUAAAUUGAUAUCAUGGGUAAACAUCUGCUACUGUCCGAAUUAUUUUAUACCUGAACACAAUAUGUUCUCAGGAAAGAUCAAUCUGAGGAACAAUAAGAUUCUUCUAUGUGUACUUGGUAGAAUUAAGUCUGGAGGGAUGGACGGAUUGAUAAAGAAUUUAUUUCCGCCUGACAAUGAAAAUCACUACGUAUUAGAUACAAAGAGUGAAUCUUCCACAGUUAUGUUAUUUCGUAGGACUAUUAAAACGAUGAGUGUACCAAGAGACAUUUCAAGCUGUUAUAAAGGACUUGCAAUUAUGCAAUCUUUAAAAAAAUACGAAUCGUCUGCAUUUAUUAUUGCUGCAUGUAAAUAUUAUUAUGCUUAUAUCAGUCAACAUGUAGUACAACGACUUCCACCGUCAAACACAGUAGUUGAAAUGUACAACACACGUAAAUGCUAUCAAAGACAUCUAAGAGACGGCAUCAGGACAGAUUCUAUGUCGGGUUGGUUGUUAUACGCGUCGUUUUAUUAUGUAACAAGACAGUUCAAUGUUACACUCAAACUAACGGAUUACAUUCUUUCAAGAUGUUCACCUGCUUUGACGUUUACAGGAAAGUUUCAAGACUGUAAACUACAUAAAAAUAAUUACAGACAAAAUAUACAUUCUUCAAUGACAAUGAACGACAAAAUGAAAAUAGCUACAGUAAACAGUGUCAUGUACCUACAGCACUCACCAUUAAUACCAGAAGAACUACAAAUGGAUGUAGAGGAACACGGAAUAUUGGUACCUCCUGUUGUGAUGUGUCACUGCAUUAGAUUUCUAUGCUAUCACCACCUUGGUGAUAUUUUAAAUAGACAACAGGCUUUACGUAAUUUAUAUUUAACAGUGACAACCAAAUAUUUUAUUCAACAACAAGAAGAGUCUGAUUCAUUAACAAUACUUGGAAUUUGCUAUGAAAUAUCUGGUGAUACAGCCACAGCCUGUAAGUGCUAUGACAAAGCUUUGCGAUAUGAUGGCUACAUAUCUAAUACAGCAGAAAAAAGAAAAUCAAAACUGGAUGGCAACUUAUAUAACUGACGCUUUUAAUCUUGUUUGAAUUGCUUCAUUCUAGUCAUUUGGUCC